UGUCCUCGUCCUCCUCCUCCUCCUCCUCCUCCUCCUCCUCCUCCUCCUCCCGUCAUGCCGAGCCGACAGAAGCAGCUGCUCUUCUCCACCUCCGGCCUCCUGGGUCUGUGCUGCGCCCUGACGGCGGCGGUGUCCACCGGGCUGCCGCUGUGGCUCCGCGGGGCCGUGCUGUGCCGAACCGGGGCCGAGCUGGUGAACGCGACGGGAGCCGAGCUGGACCAGUUCCUGGGAGAGCUGCAGUACGGCCUGUUCAGCGGGCACAGGGUGAAGCAGUGCGGGCUGGGGGGGAGGCCGUCCCGCUUCUCCUGUGAGUCUCUGCACACACACACACACACACACGUGGCAGGUCUCUGCAGCUGUCUGGUGAUGAUCCUGUUUGCGUCGGAGGUGAAACUUCAUCAUCUGUCCGAUCGGAUCGCCAACUUCAAUGAGGUGAACUUUGUCUUCCAGACAUACACCGAGCACUACGACCGAUCCUUCUGGCUCUUCUUCCUUGUCUUCCUCCUCCACUCGCUCAACUUCCUGCUGAUCCGACUGGCGGGGAUCCAGUUUCCCUUCCAGGAGAGCAAAGAGGCGGACCUGAGCGGGGGGGCGGCGGACCUCAUGUACUAAGAUGUGAAACAGAAACCUGUGAAGGACAAAAGACUGAGACAGAUAGAGACAGAUGUGGACAGCUGCAGACACGUUCUGUCUGUGGCGUACAUGACACGCCUGGUCAAACCACCAGUGUUGCCAACUUAGCGACUUUGUCGUUAUAUUUAGCGUCUUUUCAGACCCCUCUAGCGACUCUUUUUCAAA